AUGCAAAGGCCAAGGUGGUUUCGACGCCUUUCGCUGAGCACCGAUGGCGACCGUGCUGCUUUGUUUGCGUGUGCGUGGCCCGCAUGAUCGAGACACUGCCGUUAACUGCAAAGUGCUGGUCUAUUUCCAAGCAUGGUGGUGCUUGUGCAAUGCAGUUGCAUUUGGAUUCGUGGGUCAGAGAAUUUCGACAGCCCCUUGCGUGAGCACCUGAGCUGCCACCCAUAUAAGAGAGUUACCCCAGCGCCUCGUCUGCCCAUCACUUGACGAUCCAUCAAAACAUCGACUUACCAAUCAACAAAAUGGUCAACUUCCACAUCACCGAGCCUCACCCUUCCGCCAAGUCUUACAUGUACUCUGGCCGUGGAGGUGCCGGCAACGUUACUCGCAUCAAGGCUGCUGAGAUCACCGACGGCCGCACAGCAACUGGCCCAGCAUCUCGCGUCAAGCUCACUCCUCCUCCCACCACUGGAUACUUUGCCUCCGGGCGUGGAGGUGCCGGCAACAUGCGCACCCACAAGGAGCGCGCUAUGUUCAGCUUCGACGAGGAACUCGAGCAGCAGGAGCGCCUUCGCAGCCAGCAAGCCCCCGUCUACCACAUUGGCCGUGGCGGUGCCGGAAACCUGGUCGACGAGAUGAAGCCAAAGAGUCAGCGCCAGAACUCCGCAUCCUCAAGCAGCUCUGUCGAGAGCGAGAAGGAUGGCGUUCGCAGGAGCCUGGAGAGGUGGGGCAGCCGCCUGUCUCGCAGGGUGUCAAACUACUAGACACUUGCUCUUCUCUUCACUUCGCUACUUCUAUUACGGCAGUCGACAUCCGGUUGAGGGCUGGUCCUGAUUCCCUCCCCCGUCUACUACCCAACUUCAUCUCCACACCACAUUGAAGCAUUCAGCACGGCGUUUCGGACCAUUGUAUCAACAUCACCAAAAAGUUCCAUUAUCAUUUACACACAAC